CCGGCCCUCCGCAAGUUCUGUCCGUGGAGCUACAGGAAAGAGCCGAUGACAUUUCCAAACUGACCAUUCUGCACGAAAUUGUACUCAACAGUGACCUCAAACUGCGAGCAAGCAGCUUCUCCCCACACAGGGGGGUCCUGGAAAACAGAGUGAAGGAGACCUUGCACAAAGCCUCCUGGGACAGCCUGGGGGAACGGCUCUCUGCUAGUCCCCCAGACUACGCUCAGUCAAUCCAGCUGCUGCAGGAGAUAAGAGAGAUCCUUGAAGCCCCGCUACCGCGGCUGCUGCCACGGCACAACCAAGCUUGAAGCCAGGUUGAAGAGGCCUUGGCCAUGGAGUUGAGUAGACAGGAGGCUGAGCGUGGGGCUCCGGGUAUCCACGGUCUCGCCACGUACAUCCUGGGCACAACGGCAAGGCUGCGUGUGCCCGUUCGAGGUGAGAAAGUACGAGGGUUGCCAAGGCUCACAGACCCAGCUCGGCUUCUCGGGGAGACUUUCCAGGUGUUGGGCCCGAUGAAAACGGACACGCUGCAUUUUACCACCCAGAGCCUCCACGCCCACUUGCAAGACCACACUGUCCAGUAUGGAUGGAAGAAAUUCCAGGAACUCUUGGAGAAGCUGCCCAGUAAUUCAGCGGGGAAGGGUGGGGAGAAGAGCCAGCACAAUGCCUUCGCCUUCCAAACACACAUCCCCUUCAGCCUGCAGCAUGGCAUACCCGCUUCGUACCGACUUAGCCUGACCAGUGUGUUCUUGCAGACCUCUGGUGUCAUUGCCCCACUGCAGACAGGCUGGAUCACACGAGAGAGCGGCCGUGCGAAGCACCAGCAGGAGCGUGCACGUCCUCUUCGCAGCCACCACCCCGCCCGCAGCCAGUGGCUCACCUGCUCCAUCGAGGCUACGUGGGAGCCUGGGCAUGCCCUGAGGGGCCAGACUCGACUGCAGGAACUGCAAGUGCAGGUGAAUCGGCUUAGCACCACGGCUGCAGUCCUGCUAGUGACCCCUGGCACUGGUGGAAGCACCUUGUGUGGGUUUGUAGCUAGGCUGAAACGGGUAACAGGGGUGCUUUUGGCAGGGCUGCCUUGUUUGAUGGAUUCGACCAUUAAGUCCUUCAGCCCAGUAAGUGAAAACAAGGCAAGGACAUCUGGUGACUCAGAGCAGCCAAUUCCUUCCUUCCUCAGCCUUUUCAUUUCCCCUGGCAGACAGAAUUCUCAAAAAGAUUUCCCAAAGGGCCCUGACCCCAUUCAGGAAGAGCUGCUGGGAGUUGGGUGCAGGUUUGGAAGCGUGAUUCACCACAACAGGCGGUCGCUUGGACCUUACUGCUCGGGAAUUGUUACGGAGGUGCUUCUCCCAGACGCAGGGAUGGAUUUUCUUUGA